CACAUUUUAAUUGGGGAUGUAAUUAGACAGGUCUCAUUACCUUCAUCUGCACUGGUAUGGAAAUAUCUGACUUUUUGGAUGAGUACAGAUGAACGAGGAAUUGAGACAAUGAGAGGGAGUCAUUAGACUAUUGAGAUUAAGAAGAAGAGACAAGGAGAUGACGCUGCUUUAGGAGAGGAAGCGAGCCCCUGACUGGACAGUUGAUGAGCCUCCUCAAGACAGGACAUGUGGAAGCUAUGCAGAGGCACCAUUCGUUUUCUCCUAUGAAUAAGUAGCCUAGGCUACUUCAAGGAUGGAAGGAAAGAAUGAUGUGUUAUCAAAGUAGUCCCAAUGAACAAGACUUGAGAGGUACUCCACUCUUUUUCGGACCAGCCAAGAACCUAGACCGAGUUUCACUUUCACAUCUCUGGAAGUUUAGAUUUUGCAAAGGAUAUUCAACCCCUUGUUCUGGUGAAUCAGGGUGUCACUCCUCUACAGUCCUGCAAGGCUGCGUGAACAGAUUACAUGAUAUCGGCUUCCUCUGAUAAGAAAUAAUAUGAUCUGCUGUGCCUACAUCGGGGGUGGCUGAGGACCAGAACGCGCAUCCAUCAAGGCGCGAGCGCGCAUUGAGAAGGGGCGGGGCAGCGGGAAUCUCUCUUUCCGGAUAUUUACCUCCACCUGCCCGCGCGACGCGCCUGGUUCCGAGGGUUUUAACAGCGGUAGUAUCAACGGACAUGACAAAGUUCACAAAUCCAGGACUACUGAGGUUGUGGAGAAAUGGACUGAGGGUUGUAUCAGUGUGUGUGAGUGAAGCGUAAAUCAGAGUGCAAAGACACAGAGACGUGAUAGUCCGGCAUCCCUUCGUGACAUAGCUACGCGUCUCUGAGACCACUGUCCGCGGGGAGACGCACAGCCCUAACGGGUACCUCCCCAACAUUCCCAACCAACGUGACUCCAUGUCCCUCUAUUCAUUUGAAUGUGUUGACAGUUGGAGAAAUUGCUUGAGCCGCGUUAAGAAUUCAAAAAAAUAUGAAAGCCAACGGUCCAAUAUUCUAGAAUACUGCUGUGCAUACACAUUUUGGACUCUGAUAGACGUGUAUGUGAGAGAAAGUGAAUGUGUGUGUAUGAGGUUGAGUAACCCGCGGUAACAGACAUGCCCAAGCCUGAUCUACUCUGUUUGGUUCAACUACUGGACAACACUAUCCAGACCUUUACAGUCAAUAAGCAGGAUGCAGGGGAGGUUCUGCUGGAGCAGGUGUGUAACCAGCUGGGUCUGCAGGAGAGACAUUUCUUCAGUCUGCAGCUACGAGACUCCAACACCACCAUUGUUGCUCAAACACACUCUCCUAGGUGGCUAGAGGCCAACAAACCACUGAAGAAGCAGCUGAAAGGAGUUGUCUCUCCCUUCUACCUGACCCUCCGAGUCCGAUUCUUCAUCUCAGACCCCAACUCUCUACAGCAUGACCAGACCAGGCAUAUGUACUUCCUCCAGAUCAGGAGUGACAUCAGAGAGGGCAGGUUGAAGUGUCCUCUGAGUGCAGCUGUAGUACUGGCCUCCUACGCUGUGCAGUCUGAGCUUGGUGACUACUCCCCAGACCUUCUCCCUGGUUACCUGUCCAAAAGCCAUUUCCUCCCGGAGCAGGACGAUGACUUCCUGUCUAGAGUGGAGGCUCUGUACCCAGGGCACAGGGGGCUGAAGCAGAGUGAAGCAGAGCUGUGUUUUCUCAAUACAGCAAGAACACUGGAGCUGUAUGGAGUGGAGCUACACACUGCCAUGGACUCCAACAGUUCCCCUCUAUUGGUGGGAUUGGCCUCAGGGGGCGUGGCUAUCUUCUGUAACAUGAUUUGCUCCAGCUUCUUCCCCUGGGUGAACAUCAUCAAGAUAUCCUUCAAGAGGAAACGCUUCCUUAUGCAGCUCCGACGCAAACAUGGGGAGACGCAGGACUGUGUGGUGAGCCUGGUCCUGCCCUGUCACAGGGCAUGUAAGAGCCUGUGGAGGUCAUGUGUGGACCAUCACUGCUUCUUCCACUCCAACAAGGCAACCCGUAGCCCACACUACGCCAACCUGGCAACCCAGAUACACAACAAGCUGCUCUCACAACACUGGGCCUUGGGCAACACUAAAACAGACAGUGGUCCAGUGUGUAAGAAAGUGAUGGGUGGGAUGGAGUGGAACCCGGUUCUGAGGGGGUCUACCUCGUCAGAACACCUGGAGACCAAGAGCCUGCCAUCCCGAUCCCCCCCGCUCACACCCAACUGGCGGAGUCCUCGUGUGCGUCAUGGCGCCCGUAAACCCCGCCCCUCCUCAGUGGAGCUGAACAAUGACCUGCGAGACGUCUCAGAGGGGGAGGACGUCUUUUACACCUACAGGGUCUCCCUCAGCAGCAGCAGGGGCAUCCAGGAGGGCACGCCUACACACAGUGUUUCUGGUACACACAGCCAAGGGGGCGGAUUGUCGCAAGUUGAUGAUAUCAGCACAGGAGAGGACGACAUUGAGGCCACCUCUCACUACCGGGACAAGCGUGCUCUGGGGGAUGGAGACCUGCUAUUGGUGCGUCUCGCACCUGAUCACAACGGAAAGUUUGGUUUCAAUGUCAAAGGUGGCGUGGACCAGAAGAUGCCUCUGGCCAUAUCCCAAGUCAACCCUGACUCCCCUGCGGGGCGGGUUGAGCCAAGGUUGUUGGAAGGGGACCAGGUCGUGUUGAUCAACGGUCGCGACAUCUCUGAACACACGCAUGACCAGGUUGUCAUGUUCAUAAGAGCCAGCAGAGAGUCCCACUCCAGAGAACUGGCUCUGCUCAUACGACGCAAAGGUCCAGGCCGUGUGGCCCCCCUGCUGCAGUUUCCCUCUGCCCUGUCUCUGACUGGCCAAUCACACAGUGAUCCACUGCUUCUGCCUGGCCAAUCAGAACGAGGCCAGACACUUGAAGAGUCCAUGAAACAACUGGAGAGGGGAAUCCAGACAGGCACUCUCACCUUCCACUUCGAGAACCUGUACAUGAGGAAGCCUGACCUAUCAGUAGCCUGCGCUCGUCUCCCAGAGAACACAGACAAGAACAGAUACAAGGACGUGCUGCCCUAUGACAUCUCCAGAGUGGUACUUCAGGACCAAGAGGACUACAUCAAUGCAAGCCACAUAAUGGUGGUGCCCCCAGGGUCUGGUGUGUGUCUGCGCUACAUUGCAGCUCAAGGACCGCUGCCUCAGACCUGCACUCACUUCUGGCAGAGUGUGUGGGAGCAACGCACACACACCAUCAUCAUGCUCACCACACUCACCGAGAGAGGACGGACUAAGUGCCACCAGUACUGGCCACACCCUCCUGAAGUGGUUGAUUAUGGGUACCUGAGAGUCAGCUGCCACUCCGAGGAAUGCAACCUGGCCUACGUCACACGCCAGUUCACCCUCACACACACACAGCUGGGAAAGGAGCGUUCGGUGACCCACCUGCAGUAUGUAGCAUGGCCAGACCAUGGUGUACCUGAUGACCCCUCAGACUUCCUGCUGUUCAUCACCUCUGUUAGGGAGAGGAGGACAGGAGACACGCCACUUAUGGUGCACUGCAGCGCUGGGAUUGGGCGUACAGGUGUUCUCAUUACCAUGGAGACGGCGUUGACGCUGUUGGAGAGCGGACGACCUGUGUUCCCUCUGGACAUCAUCAGGACGCUCCGAGACCAGAGGGCCAUGAUGAUCCAGACCACGUGUCAGUUCCGGUUUAUGUGUGAGGCCAUCCUGCGUGUCUACAGAGGAGAGCAUUCUGCAGCACCACCCUCAGCACGGCUAACGGACCACUAACAGGAGGAGGGGGGGACAGCUAGCCACAGCGCUAGGCUAACAGGAGGGGGGACGCCUAGCCACAGCGCUAGGCUAACAGGAGGGGGGACAGCUAGCCACAGCGCUAGGCUAACAGGAGGGGGGGACGCCUAGCCACAGCGCUAGGCUAACAGGAGGGGGGACGGCUAGCCACAGCGCUAGGCUAAAAGGAGGAGGGGGACAGCUAGGCUAACAGGAGGAGAGGACCGCUAGCCACAGCGCUAGGCUGUAGCCUUAGAGAGCCAUAGCACUCCACUAACCUUAAGUGCUCGGCUACGGCUAGCCUUCGGUUGCUACAGCACAUAAGCCGUAGUGCAGAAUGUGCUCAGUUGUCUUAUCCUUAUGCUAGCCACAGAGAACAGCUAGCAGGGAAGGGUCAUGUACGGUAGAGAUCUGUAUAUUUUUUUUCUCUGGGACAAAAGUGCUACUGUGUGAGUGACUGAAGACUGUAUCUCACUAUAGCCACUGUAGAAAUUAUGCCUUAGAGAAAUGCCUUCCUAAUGGUGGUCCGUGGCUAGUUCCUCCUGAGUGGUAGCUAUUUAGCCUUCCUAAUGGUGGGCCCGCGGCUAGUUCCUCCUGAGUGGUAGCUAUUUAGCCUUCCUAAUGGUGGGCCCGCGGCUAGUUCCUCCUGAGUGGUAGCUAUUUAGCCUUCCUAAUGGUGGGCCCGCGGCUAGUUCCUCCUGAGUGGUAGCUAUUUAGCCUUCCUAAUGGUGGGCCCGCGGCUAGUUCCUCCUGAGUGGUAGCUAUUUAGCCUUCCUAAUGGUGGGCCCGCGGCUAGUUCCUCCUGAGUGGUAGCUAUUUAGCCUUCCUAAUGGUGGGCCCGCGGCUAGUUCCUCCUGAGUGGUAGCUAUUUAGCCUUCCUAAUGGUGGGCCCGCGGCUAGUUCCUCCUGAGUGGUAGCUAUUUAGCCUUCCUAAUGGUGGGCCCGCGGCUAGUUCCUCCUGAGUGGUAGCUAUUUAGCCUUCCUAAUGGUGGGCCCGCGGCUAGUUCCUCCUGAGUGGUAGCUAUUUAGCCUUCCUAAUGGUGGGUCGCAGCUAUUUCCUCCUGAGUGGCGGCUAUAGAACUAGGCCUUUUCUAGACUAGAGCGAUUGACUGGUCUGUCUGUAUUGUUGGGAGAGUGUCAGAGGCUUUCGGUGGAUUCACAGUACAGACGAACACUGCCAGAGGCACCACACACUACCCCCCCGCUCCCAUCUUCCCUAAAUUAUUG